UCUCCCCCCCAACCUCCUCGGACUACAAAGCCCAUCAUUCCCGGCUGGAGCGGCUUUCUGCGCGGGGAUGAAUCCGACCCUGGAUCCUCAGCGGGUGGGGGGACUGGACACAAAGCGGCUGUCAUCGCUUGCCUUUUCGGGGUCUCCCCCGACCCCCGCGUUGCCACGUGGACGCCUGAGGGGUGGCGGCUGCAGACGAGCAAGGGGUGCCCGGAUCUCGUGAGAACCACGAGACAUUGAAACAAAUGAAGUACAUUUUGGUCACAGGCGGUGUCAUCUCUGGGAUUGGAAAAGGAAUCAUUGCCAGUAGCGUUGGGACAAUCCUCAAAUCAUGUGGAUUACACGUCACUUCCAUUAAAAUUGACCCUUAUAUUAACAUUGAUGCGGGCACCUUCUCUCCUUAUGAGCACGGUGAGGUCUUUGUGUUGGAUGAUGGAGGAGAAGUGGAUUUGGAUCUGGGUAACUAUGAACGGUUUCUUGAUAUCCGGCUCACAAAGGACAAUAAUCUGACCACAGGGAAAAUAUACCAAUAUGUCAUUAACAAGGAAAGGAAGGGAGACUACUUAGGUAAAACUGUGCAAGUUGUGCCCCACAUUACUGAUGCCAUCCAGGAAUGGGUGAUGAGACAAGCACGGAUCCCCGUGGAUGAUGAUGGCAUGGAGCCCCAAGUCUGUGUGAUAGAGCUCGGAGGAACGGUGGGAGAUAUUGAAAGCAUGCCUUUCAUUGAAGCAUUCCGCCAAUUUCAAUUCAAAGUCAAGCGAGAGAACUUCUGUAAUAUUCACGUCAGUCUGGUUCCCCAGCCAAGUUCUACAGGAGAGCAGAAGACAAAACCCACUCAGAAUAGUGUUCGUGAACUUCGGGGCCUCGGUCUAUCACCAGAUCUAAUCGUGUGCAGAUGUUCCACACCUCUGGAUACCUCAGUGAAAGAGAAAAUUUCCAUGUUUUGCCACGUAGAACCAGAACAGGUAAUCUGUGUCCAUGACGUCUCUUCCAUCUAUCGGGUUCCUCUGUUGCUAGAGGAGCAAGGAGUGGUGGAUUAUUUUAGGCACAGGCUCAACCUUCCCAUUGAAAAGCAGCCCCAGAGAAUGCUGAUGAAGUGGAAGGAGAUGGCAGACAGAUACGAUCGCUUAUUGGAGACCUGUUCUAUUGCCCUGGUUGGCAAAUAUACAAAAUUUUCAGAUUCAUAUGCUUCCGUCAUAAAAGCCUUGGAACAUUCUGCUCUAGCCAUCAAUCACAAACUUGAGAUAAAGUAUAUUGAUUCUGCUAAUUUGGAACCGGUUACAUUACAAGAAGAACCAGUACGAUACCACGAAGCUUGGCAGAGGCUUUGCAGUGCUGAUGGAGUUUUGGUUCCAGGUGGUUUUGGUGUUCGAGGUACAGAAGGAAAAAUCCAAGCCAUUUCUUGGGCAAGAAAGCAGAAGAAACCUUUCCUAGGAGUCUGUCUGGGAAUGCAGUUGGCUGUUGUGGAGUUUGCCCGCAAUAUCCUUGGCUGGCAAGAUGCCAACUCUACCGAAUUUGACCCUAAAACUACACAUCCAGUGGUAAUUGACAUGCCGGAACACAAUCCAGGUCAAAUGGGUGGAACCAUGAGGCUGGGCAAGAGAAGAACCAUCUUCCAAACCAAGAACUCAGUCAUGAGAAAACUGUAUGGAGAUGGUGAUUACUUGGAAGAAAGGCACAGACACAGAUUUGAGGUAAAUCCAGAGCUGAAAAACUCGUUUGAAGAGAAAGGUAUGAAGUUUGUGGGCCAGGAUGUGGAAGGAGAGCGAAUGGAAGUGGUUGAGUUGGAAGAACAUCCAUUUUUUGUGGGGGUUCAGUAUCACCCAGAAUUCCUCUCCAGACCCAUAAAACCCUCUCCUCCUUACUUUGGCCUCCUCCUGGCCUCCGCAGGAAAACUCUCACAUUAUCUCCAGAAAGGUUGCAGACUCUCUCCCAGGGAUACCUAUAGUGACAGAAGUGGAAGUAGUUCCCCUGAUUCUGAGAUCACAGAACUGAAAUUUACUGCAGAGAAUCAUGAGUAAACUGCUGGUGUUUGGAAAUUCUUCACUGGACAGCCAUACGUCCUGAGGAUUUUGUAGAUCAUGUUAUUAUAAUUGUUUUUUAUUUUGGAGGACAUCUUGUCGUUACUUUUAUUUUUAUUUUUUAAAAAAGAAAGUAUUCCGAGAAACUGGCAGUGCUGCUUUAGUUGUGCUCAACUGUGAACAAAGUGCAGAAGCUGAGGGAGGGGAAGAGACAUUUUGUUUGAACAGGCCAUUGUAAAUGCUCGCAGAAGAGGCCGCGCAGAAUCUCUGUUCAGGAUUUUGAUGCUUCUCCAUUGUUGAGAGAGGUAGAUUAUAUUGUCGGCAUCUCAGUGGAAAGUCGUGCAAGGCAGGCCAUCGCAAGCUUCUAAGGCAGAAGUUUUCAAACUUGGCAGCUUUAAGACUUGUGGACUUCAACUCCCAGAAUUCUCCAGCCAGCAUGGCUGGAGAAUUCUGGGAGUUGAAGUCCACAAGUCUUAAAGCUGCCAAGUUUGGGGAUCCCUAUUCUAAAGUAUUCUAAAACAAACUGGUGCUACACUUAACAUUGCUUAACCUUUCCGAAGAGUAUAAUUUUCCUGUUCACGAGAUACAGUGUAUUCUGAUGCUAAGCAAAUCUGGCCACACAUUCAAAGAUGUUUCAAAAAUGUGAGUGGUCAAUUCCCCCCCGUGCGCCCCAUUUUACGCAUUCACCAGAGGAGCAUGGCUUCCUUUAGUUCAGCUUCCUGAACUGAUUCGAUUCCUUGCAUCAAGGGGGGGGGGGG